GCAAGAUGAUCCUUCUAAUUUUCGUAUUUUUCACGCUCUCGUCCCUCGUCGUUGACUUCACUCUCCUCAUCUGACAAAGUGAAUCCGCCAUGAGUGAAAGCUCCAAGCUGAAACCACCGAGACCAUGACAAUCUCCACCCUCUUAUGCUUCUUCUGCUUGUUCUCCGUCGCCGCCGGCGACUCCUUCAGCCUCAAGGAAGCCACAAUCGGAGACAUCCAGCUCGCGUUCUCCCGCAACGAGAUCACUUCCCGCCGGCUCACCGAGCUCUACCUCUCCCAGAUCGAAUCCCUCAACCCCCUCCUCCGAUGCGUCCUGGAGGUCAACCCGGACGCGCUGGAGCAGGCCGAAGAGGCCGACAGACGGAGGCUGGCGGCGGACCUCCGGGGCGACCUGGACGGCGUCCCGGUGCUGCUGAAGGACAGCAUCGAGACGGCGGACAAGAUGAACACGACCCUGGGGUCGUACGCGCUCCUGGGGGCCCGGGCGGAGAGGGCGGCGCACGUGGUGGAGCGGCUGAGGAUGGCGGGGGCCGUGAUUCUGGGUAAGGCCAGCCUCAGCGAGUGGUACUCCCUCCGGUCGCCGGAGAUGCCCCCCGGCUGGUGCGCGCGGAGCGGCCAGGGCUUGAAUCCUUAUGUUGAAUCGGGUGAUCCGUGUGGCUCUAGCAGCGGGUCGGCCAUUGCGGUAGCUGCCAACAUGGUUGCUGUGUCGUUAGGGACUGAGACUGAUAGCUCCAUCAUUUGUCCUGCCGACCACAAUUCGGUCGUCGGCUUCAAACCCACGGUCGGACUCACCAGUCGAGCUGGUGUCGUCCCGAUUUCAGCUCGACAGGACUCGGUCGGGCCUAUAUGUAGAACAGUAGCUGAUGCAACUUUGGUUCUCGAGUCCAUUAUCGGGUUAGAUCCCAGAGACAAUGAGGCGACGAAGGAAGCAUCGACCUUUAUACCUGAAGGAGGUUACAAGCAAUUUCUGAAAGAAGAUGGGCUUGAAGGGAAAAGAUUGGGCAUAGUCAGGAAUCCAUUUUCCGCAUCUUUUAAUGGAUCCACUGCCACUCGAACGUUUGAGGAUCAUCUUCGAACACUCCGAAAUAGAGGUGCUACCGUAGUUGAUAAUCUGGAGAUAUCAAACAUUGACAUCAUUAUGGAUCCCAUGAGAAGUGGUGAAAUGCCUCUGCUGCUAGCGGAGUUCAGGCGUUCAAUUAAUAGAUAUCUUAAAGAACUGGCCGACUCUCCCGUGAGGUCACUGGCAGAGGUUAUCACCUUCAACUUGAACCACCCUGACAUGGAGAAGAUGGAUAUGUACAAUCAGGAUGGCCUAAUUGCGGCGGAGAUGACGAGCGCGCUUGAUGACGACGAACUCACCAAGGCAGAGAAGAUAAUGGAACAAUUGUCUCGGGAUGGGUUUGAGAAACUGAUGAAGGAGAACGAGCUCGAUGCUAUGGUAACAUUAGGUGCAAAUGCUGCCACAGUCAUGGCAAUUGGAGGGUACCCAGCGAUCACUGUGCCGGGAGGCUAUGACGAGAAGGGGAUGCCUUUUGGGAUCUGCUUUGGAGGACUGAAGGGAGCCGAGCCGAAACUGAUUGAGAUUGCCUACUCAUUUGAGCAAGCCACGAUGAUGCAGCGGCCUCCAUUUUCCACGUUUUCAUCAAAAAUGGACAAUCACUGCCAUGAAUGAAGUUAUAAACAGUCGAUUGAUUGGUCGGCCCAUUUUUUCUAUCUGCUGUUCAGACAACAACCAGCUCCACCCCGGAUGGUAGCUUUUGCUUGAGCUCUAAGGCACGUAUUCUCGCUUUCGUAGAACAUAUCUGCAGUUGUGCCUGAAUCCCCGUGUAACUGACCUUCGAUUCGAUUGUCAAUGAUAAAGCUUCUUAACCCA